AUGGAGUUGCUGAUUCUUGCCCUGCUGCUCGGAACUGCUGCGGCGUUCUCCGGAGAUGAGAAGAUUGUUGGCGGAUAUGAGUGCUCUCCGCAUGGGGUUCCGUGGCAAGUGUCGCUGAACAUUGGCUACCAUUCCUGCGGGGCGUCCAUCAUCAGCGACCAAUGGCUGGUUUCUGCUGCCCACUGUUGCCCAGGUUAUAUGGUAGCAGCAUUAGGAGACCCAGACUGGGCAGUGUUUGAAGGCACUGAGCAGCUCAUAAAGAUCGACAAUAUCUUCUGGCAUGAUAAAUACGACUAUUAUACCCUGGACCAUGACAUCAUGUUGAUUAAGCUGAAUGUUCCCUGCAUCUUCAAUGACUACAUCCAGCCGGUCAGACUGCCCACAAACUGCGCUGCGGAUGGGACCAUGUGCACUGUGUCGGGCUACGGAAAUCUCCUCGGCUCUGGAUCCCAGUACCCUGACAGCCUGCACUGUGUGGACGUGCCCAUUGUGAGCGCUGCAGAGUGUGAUGCGGCGUACCCGGGCCUGAUCACCAGUACCAUGGUGUGUGCCGGCUACCUGGAGGGAGGCAAGGACGCCUGUCAGGGAGAUUCCGGAGGCCCGCUGGUCUGUGAUGGUGUCCUGCAGGGAAUUGUAUCCUGGGGAUAUGGAUGUGCCGAACAGAAUCACCCGGGGGUCUACACCAAGGUCUGCUCGCUCCUGGACUGGAUUUACGAAACAAUGGCCAACAAUUAA